AUGCCACCACAACGGACUGCGAAACGAGACGUCUCGGACAAGGUUGCGCCCGAGUCGUCCAACAAAAGACGUAGAGUCGACCGCGAUGCGACCGAUCCGUUGCACAGGCCUCACCAUUUUGCGGCCGAAGCUGAGGAGAACGGUGUCGUUCUGCGCAAAUAUUACCCUCCGGAGAUGAGCAACGCGCGCGCUCAAGCCUACAACGACAACGAGAUCCCUCGCCCCAUCGAGAAGCUAAACGCCGCGCUGGAGGCAACGGCCAAGACGCGUGAGGGAAUAAAAGUGAGGGAUGCCGUGAUGCAUUGGUUUAAGGCCGAUCUGCGGGUGGCAGACAAUCGCGCUCUGUGGGAGGCGAGCCAGAAGGCCCAAGCCGCCGGCGUUCCCUUGAUUUGCAUCUACAUCGUUAGCCCCGAGGACUUCGAGGCACACUCGACGGCCCCCGUGCGAGUAGACUUCGUGGCGCGCACUCUCCACGAGUUAAAGCGCGAUCUCGCCGCUCUCGAGAUCCCUCUGUACAUCGAGACGGUCGAGAAACGAAACGAUAUCCCCGAGCGCAUAGUGGACUUUAUGGAAGAAUGGGACGCGUCCCAUUUGUUCGCAAACAUCGAGUAUGAGGUCGACGAGCUGAGACGCGAAGUCAAGAUGGUGAAGUUGUGCGCGGAGAGGGGCAUCGCCCCGGAACUCUUUCACGAUACGUGUGUCGUGCCGCCCGGCGCCCUGCAGACGGGUGCUGGCAAGCAGUACGUCGUUUACUCACCAUGGUUCAGGUCCUGGGUUGCGCACGUCCACCAGAAUCCGGAGCUGCUAGUCCCGUUUGAUCCCCCGGCCCCAAACCCGUCGGCAGCACGGGAGAAGCUGGAGGCACUCUUCGACUGCGAAGUGCCCGACGUCCCCGAGCCCAACAGGCUUCCGGAGGAGGACGCCGAGAGACUUCACGCCAUGUGGCCGGCGGGAGAGCAAGCAGCGAAGGAUCGGCUGGAGCAAUUCUGCGACGAGAAGAUUGCCCGGUACGGCAAACGCCGCGAUUUUCCGGCCGAAGCCGCAACGUCCUCGAUCUCGGCCUACUUAGCCGCCGGUACGCUGAGUGCGAGGACGGCGGUGCGGACCGCCAGAGACCGCAACAAGACGAAAAAGCUGGAUGCUGGCGUCGAGGGGAUCACGACUUGGAUCAGCGAGGUGGCGUGGCGUGACUUUUACAAACACAUCCUGGCCCACUGGCCGUAUGUCUGCAUGUACAAGCCAUUCCGGCCGGACUACGCGGACAUCGAGUGGUCGUACAACUCAGCGCACUUCCAGGCCUGGUGCGACGGCCGCACCGGGUUCCCGAUCGUGGACGCGGCGAUGCGGCAGAUGCGGAGCAUCGGGUGGAUGCACAACCGGUGCCGGAUGAUCGUGGCCUCGUUCCUGUGCAAGGACCUGCUCCUGGACUGGCGGAUGGGGGAGAGGUUCUUCAUGGAGCACCUGAUCGAUGGCGACUUCGCGUCCAACAACGGCGGGUGGGGGUUCAGCUCCUCGGUCGGCGUCGACCCGCAGCCCUACUUCCGCAUCUUCAACCCGACGCUCCAGAGCGAGAAGUUCGACCCCGACGGCGAGUACAUCCGCCGGUGGGUCCCCGAGCUUGCCGCGGUCGAAGGAAAGGCUAUCCACGACCCCUACUAUCGCGGGGCGGCCGACCAGGCCAAGCAGGCGGGCUACCCGCCGCCGGUCGUCCAUCACAAGGAGAGCAGGGACCGCGCCCUGAAGAUGUACAAGGAAGGCCUCGGGCGGGACGGUCCAUGA